GCUUGGUCGGUUCCCCCUUCCUUCAAAAACCCUCCAAAAAUUCCCCCACUUCUCUCUCUCUCUCCCUCUCUUUCUCCACUUCAAAAAUCUCAAAAUUUUGCCCUAAUCGACAUUUCUCCACUCCUCGAUCGCCCCCUUCUCUCUUCUUCACAGUAAUUUCAUCAAACACCUCUAGGGCAUCCAUGGAUUGCGACCCAGAAACCCUCCAUUUCCUCUCCCAGUGCUUCCUCCACACCCUCUCCCCCGCCCCCGAGCCCCGCCGCAAGGCCGAGGCCUCCCUCCUCGACGCCUCCGACCGCCCCGAGUACGGCCGCGCCGUCCUCAGCCUCGUCUCCCAGCCCGCCGUCGACGAGCAGAUCCGCAUAGCCGCCGCCGUCAACUUCAAGAACCACCUUAAGGUCCGGUGGGCUCCCUCCGCCUCCCCCGACGAGUCCUCCAUCGUUGCUCCCCUGUCCCCGAUUCCCGACGCCGAGAAGGAGCUGAUCAGAGCCAAAAUCGUCCCUCUCAUGCUUUCCUCCUCCCCCAAAAUCCAGAGCCAGCUCAGCGAAGCCCUCGCCGUCAUCGGCAAGCACGAUUUCCCCAAAUCCUGGCCCGCCUUGCUCCCCGACCUCGUCGCCAGCCUCCGCAACGCGGCGCAGUCCUCCGAUUACGCCUCCAUCAACGGUAUUCUAGGUACCGCUAAUUCUAUCUUUAAGAAAUUUCGGUAUCAGUAUAAGAGCCCUGAACUCUUUCUCGAUUUGAAAUACUGUUUGGACAUUUUCGCGGCUCCUCUUUUGGAGAUUUUCCUUAAAACCGCCGUCCUGAUCGACAAUGCCAAUGCCGGCGGUGCGCCGAGCGCCACGCUGCGCCCGCUGUUUGAGUCGCAGAGGCUGUGUUGUAGGACUUUUUAUUCGUUGAACUUUCAGGAAUUGCCUGAGUUUUUUGAGGAUCAUAUGAAGGAGUGGAUGCUUGAGUUUAAGAAGUAUUUAACUACUAGUUAUCCGGCUCUUGAGAAUAGUGAUGCCAGUGGACUUGCUCUUGUGGAUGAGCUCCGGGCUGCGGUUUGUGAGAAUAUCAAUCUCUACAUGGAGAAAAAUGAGGAGGAAUUUAAAGGUUACUUGGAUGGGUUUGCGCUCGCGGUGUGGACCUUGCUGACAAAUGUGUCUCAAGCGUCUCAUCGUGAUCAGCUUGCUGUCACGGCGAUUAAGUUUCUGACUACGGUUAGCACGAGUGUUCAUCACGCUUUGUUUGAACGGGAGGGCGUGAUACCACAGGUGUGUCAGGGCAUUGUGAUCCCAAAUGUGAGGUUGAGGGAUGAGGAUGAGGAACUGUUUGAGAUGAACUAUGUUGAAUUUAUUAGGAGGGAUAUGGAAGGCAGUGAUCUCGACACGAGGAGGCGGAUUGCAUGUGAGCUCCUUAAGGGGAUCGCAACCAAUUAUAAGCAACAGGUUACACAGUUGGUUUCUGUACAGAUACAGAAUUUGCUAAGCUCAUUUGCAGCCAACCGCACUGUGAACUGGAAGGAUAAGGAUUGUGCCAUUUACUUGGUUGUCUCCCUUGCAACUAAGAAAGCUGGAGGUACUUCUGUCCAGACUGAUUUUGUUGAUGUCCAGAGCUUCUUCAUAAAUGUUAUUGUUCCAGAGUUGCAGGAUGUGAAUGUGAAUGAGUUUCCAAUGCUUAAGGCUGGGGCACUCAAGUUUUUCACAAUGUUCCGGAAUCAAAUACCAAAACAAAUUGCACUUCAAUUCUUUCCACAUUUGGUUCGUUUCCUUGGUGCUGAGUCAAAUGUGGUCCACUCUUAUGCUGCAAGUUGCAUUGAAAAACUUCUUCUGGUCAAGGAAGAUGGUGGACAAGCAAGAUACAGUUCGGCUGAUAUUACACCAAUUUUACUAGAUCUGAUGACUAACCUCUUUAAUGCGUUGAAGUUUCCAGAAUCUGAAGAAAAUCAAUACAUAAUGAAAUGUAUAAUGCGGGUUCUUGGUGUUGCCAAUAUAACUGGUGGCAUAGCCAUACCUAGCAUAGAUGGAUUGACAUCCAUACUUAAUGAGAUUUGCAAAAACCCAAGAAAUCCGAUUUUCAACCACUAUCUAUUUGAGUCCGUGGCUAUUCUUGUCAAGCGAGGCUGCGAGAAGGACGCUUCUCUCAUACCAGCUUUUGAAGCGAAACUUUUUCCCAGCAUCCAGUUUAUAUUAGCCAAUGAUGUGAGUGAAUUCUUUCCUUAUGCAUUUCAGCUACUGGCUCAGCUUGUGGAGUUGGAUAGGCCAGAAAUUCCCGAAAGCUACAUGGGAAUUUUUGAGAUUCUUUUGUCACCUGAGUCAUGGAGGAGAACGUCCAAUGUCCCUGCACUUGUGCGUCUGCUUCAGGCUUUCCUUCAGAAGACACCUCAUAAGCUCAAUGGUGAAGGGAGAUUAAGCCAGGUUCUUGGAAUAUUCAAUAAGCUUUUGUCUCUACCAAACUCAUAUGAGCAAGGUUUCUAUGUGCUGAAUACUGUCAUUGAGAAUCUUGAAUAUGGUGUCAUUGCACCCUACAUUCCUCACAUUUGGACUGCCCUUUUCACUGAGCUCCAGAGAAGGAGACCUGUGAGGCUUAUCAAGUCUUUGUUGAUAUUUAUGUCACUCUUUCUGGUCAAGCAUGGUUCAGCACACCUUGUAGAUACGAUGAAUGCUGUCCAGCCCAACAUAUUUCAAGGCAUCUUGGUUCAGUUUUGGAUACCUAAUCUUAAGCAUAUCACAGGAGUUAUCGAGACCAAGUUGGCUGCAGUCGCAUCAACCCGACUUAUAUGUGAAUCUUCUAGCCUUUUUGAUGCUGCGGCUGCUGAACACUGGGGAAAGAUGCUGGAUAGCAUUGUUACCCUUCUCUCACGGCCUGAGCAGGAUAGGGUUGAGGAUGAACCGGAAAUGCCUGAUAUAUCAGAGAAUGUUGGUUAUACUGCCACUUUCGUUCGUCUUUUCAAUGCAGGGAAGAAAGAGGAGGACCCUCUGAAAGACAUAAAGGAUCCAAAGGAAUUCUUAGUAGCUUCACUUGCAAAGCUUUCUACUCUUUAUCCUGGGAGAUUUCCACAAGUCAUCAGCCAUUAUCUUGAACCAGCCAAUCAGGCAUCAUUGCUUCAGCUUUGCAGUACUUAUAACUGCCCAAUUGUUUGAACGAAAUCCAAUGUCGUAACUGAAGACAUGGCUCCGUUUGUUUUCGAAGUCUUGAACAAGUCUCUGAUCAGAAACCUUGAUUAUGAGCCAGCAGUCUUUUUGCAUGGCCGUCAACUCAACUGAGUUAAGGGGGUCAUCAAAUCAUCCAUUUUGCUACUUCCAAGGUCUCUCAUUCUGUGUUGAAGUGAGAUUUUUGGUCACGGUUUCUCCGAGUUAAUUUAAUCUGCUUAGUGGCUGGUGGUUUGACAAUGUGGUUUUGGGCGGGGUCAUUUUUGUCACCAUUUCUUUCCUUUCUGGGCAUGCAUCGGUUUAGAAUUAUAGAUCCAUAUUGCAGUCUUUUGGUUGUCUUAGACUGCUCAUUCAUAAUCAUGUUUGUUGUGUCGAUAUUAAACUUAAGGGGUGAAAUUUUACCAUAUUGCUAGGUUGGAGCUGAAUUUAAGUCAAUCGGUAUAGCAUCUUUGUUGACAAAAGUCUUCUCUUUCGAGGUGGGAAAAAAAAAAAUUGAUCCAUCUUGUUCAAACACAUCAUUGGUCAAUGAAUAGAAUGUGAUUUUGUUUUUAUCUU